GUUGUAGUCGGGGGCAGAUCGCAGGGUUGCUGCUUGUAAGGGUUUCAGAUCGUCUUAAAUAGAUAUUCGGCUAGAGAAUGGAGAAACCCUGGUGGGAGAGCAAUGGAAAAACAAAGACUGAUUCAGUUUAGUGAUUUUGUGUUAGUGAAUUGGGCUUGGGCCGGCAAAGAGACGGCCGAAGACAAGAAAUGCCGUGAUGGCAAGAGAGGAAUCGCGUGGAAAGAGGCCGUUCAAGCUAUGGGACGGACGACGUAACGUGCGUAAGGGGUUGGUGGUCGGGAGCCUCGAGGAAUUAAUUCUUCGCGGAAGGGAUAAAUUAGGUUUGUCGAUAGGUGAACCCGUCAGAUUGGUAUUAGAAAGUGACGGGACUCAAGUCGAGGACGCCGAAUAUUUCAGAACAUUACCUGCCAAUACCAUCCUUCUGUUAUUACGACCCGGAGAAAGAUGGCUGCCUGCGGGAGUAGACGUCAUCAGGGCAGUAGCAAUAUCCGCCAUCCCAAAGAUAGUGUGCGAAACCAUCCACGCGUUAGACCUGCACGAUGAGACCCCCUCCUGGAAGAUUAUGGAUAAUAAGGGGCGGGUUACCGUCGUUCUGCAUUGGGACCAGCGUUCGGGUCCUUCCCGAGCUUCGUCGGAAGCUCCGUCUCCGGCUCCCGGUAAGUUUUCACCUAGCAAACGACCGUCGUUGUCCAUUCAAACGGUACCGGGAGUUAAAAAAGAGACCGCCAUCAACGACGUGUACGUAUCCGCUCCCGCCCAACCCCAACCGCGAUACGCCAGCCCUCAGAUCACUGUGAUAAACCACGAUGACGUCAAACCGGUUCACAGGUUGUCGAAACAAGGUAGUUCCUUGGAGAGCGGUACCAUUCAUAUACAUACGCCGGAAUGCGCCCAUCACGCUCACAUGCCGCGAGCCGGAAGUCCUCAAAGUAAUGGUACUAUCGAGUGCGAUUUCCAUUGCUGCGCGUUACACGAAGAAGGUCGUAAAAUCGCGGUGCACAAGUCCGUGGCGACGUCUCCCAUUCAAGAUACGCAGCAGACCUCCCCACAACCCCCGUCGAGACACGUGCGUUUUUUAGACGUUGAAGGUGGCGGUCGGAGCGGGCAGUCCGAACACGAGAGUUCCGAAAGCGAAACCGAGAACACCGUGAUGGAGGACGAGGCCGUCACCUCUGAAAAAUUCCUGCUGUUGAUAGACCAAUUGAGCGUCGAUCAGAAACGACAUUUGACUAUCAAAGAUAUCGGAAUCAUCUUGGAAAGACUCAGUUCGAAGAUAUUGGACGUGGAAAGAUUAGAUAGAGAGAGCGAAAGCGAAGACUGUUACAAUUGGACGAUAAAAGCGACCAUAAGAGGCGAAGUACUUAGAGAAUUAGGAGUCAUUUAUAACGGUAACUAUUACGCCAUUUCGGAACAUCCAGGGUACAAGGAAGAGAACGAAGGCGUUAUAGAAGAAGCUGAAGAGGAGGAAGAGGAGGAGGAUCGGCUGUGAAUCGUUUAGCUAAUGACUGCCAUUAUUUGUCAAAAAGCACAAAAAUGCAGACUCUAAAUUAUAUAUAUAUAUAUAUAUAUAUACAUACGUACAUACAUAUAUAUAUAUAUAUAUAUAUAUAUAUAUAUAGAGUAAUAAAUUUGCAGAUAUGCCGCAUAUUACACAUAUCCGAUGUGACAUGUUCGUAUCUGUAACUACAGACUUAGUAGAAAUACAAACAAACAAAAAAAUAUGAAAAUUAAAAUAAAAAUUUGAAAAAAAAAAACAAAUGGUGAUGACGCAUCGCGACGCGUGUUGUGUUCCAACCAGAACUGAUAGACAAUCGCAACGAGACGAUUCAAUUUGUCAUUGAAUUUAUUAGUACAUUUGAAGUAAUAAUUUUUUAAAAUUAAAUUCACAAUUGACGUAUCAUCGGAUAAUUUUUAACGUUUUAUUAUUUGAACAAAAAAAGCCUCAAAAAUACGUUUUUUAUUUCAAUCCGCCCUGUAUAAUUAUUUAAAAAAGAGGAUAUAAAAAAUCGAAUUCGCCUUGAUAAAAUUUUCUGUACCUUUUUAUUCGCCCUGUAUAAUUGUUGAAAGAAAACAAAAUGCAGUCGAAAAUAUUUUUCUUCCAAUUUCCAUCUACCCUAUAUUAUAUCAACGACAAAAAAUACGCGGAUAGUCGAUAUAUUUCAAUUUUGGGUCGACCUGUAUAAAUAUUGAAAGAGUAAAAGGGACAAAACGCCGAUAAUCGAAUUCGCCAAAAAAAAUAUUUUUAUUCCAAUUUGCAUCCACCCUGUAUAUUAUCUAAACGACAAACAAGGCAAACAGUCGAAUCUAUUCAAAAAAAUAUAUUUUUUUGGUCCACCCUGUAUUAAUAUUGAACGAUUAAAAAGGAAAAAAAACGCCGAUAAAUGUGGAAAAGAAUUUUUUUUCAGUUUACAUCCACACUGUAUAAUUGUUUGAACAAAAAUGGUAUUAAUAGAUAACGCAAAACAAAAUUUUCUAAACUUUUUUUAUCCGCCCUGUGUAAUUUUAAAAAAAACAGCCAAAAUACUUUUUUCCAAUUUUCUUUCACCCUGUAUAAUCAUUUGAACAAUAUAAAACCAAAAAAGAAUGCCGAUAAUCGAAUUCGUGACAAAGAAUUUUUUUUUCAAUUUGUAUCUACCCUGUAUAAUCAUUUGAACCAAAGUAGUAUUAGUCAAUACCACAAAAAAUCGAAUCCGCCUUAACAAAAUUUUCUGUUCAUUUUCAUCCGCUCUGUAUAAUUGUUGAAAAAAAAAGGGCAGUUUAAUUCACCGAAAAUUUUUAUCAAUUUUGGUCCGCCCUAUAUCAAUAUUGAACUUAUCAAAGAAGAAAAAACGCCGAUAUUCGGAUUCCUCACAAAAAAUAUUUUUAUUCCAAUUUACAUUCAUCCCGUAUAUUAAUUAAAACAACAAAAAAGCAUACAGUCGGAUCUAUUUCGAUUUUUUUUUAAAUUUUGGACUACACUUUAUGAAUUUUGAACGAAGGAAAAAAGUCUCAUAAAAAUAGUUUUUGCUCAAUUUUCAAAAAAAAAUUUCGUUUUUCCUGUAUAAUUAUUGAACGAACCACCCUGUAUAAACAUUUGAUAUAAAAAAGAAGAAAAUACCAGACCAUCGAAUUCAACCCAAAAAUUUUUUUCUGGUCUAAUUAUUAAUUAAUUAAACGAAAAAAGAAUAAUGCAUACAGUUGAAAUCUACUUAAAAGAAGAAGAUAAAUACAAUGACCAAAACCGGAAUUUGAUGAUUAUCCUCAAAAUAUAAGGAAAAAAUUAAAAAAGGAAAGUUAUUAACAAAGAAUAUACAGAGAAAUACAAAAAUAAAUAUGACAAUAAAUCAAGAAAUAUAUAAUUCUCAUUCUUAGCAUUAAAAAGAAGCCGAUAUGUAGGGUGAAGAAUUUAUAAGAAAAUAUUCCCAGUAUACAAAUAAUAAUGGGAAAUAAUGACUAUGGAAAAGACAACACACACGGAAAAAAUGAAAAACUAGUAUAAUAUUGUUUUGUUUUGUUAUCAUCUGGCAACACUGUAGAUAAGUUUUCCCUUAUGAUGGUCUUAACCGUAAAAGUUCAAAAAAUAUUCUAAAUAACGUAAUUUUUGCGUUAACGUUAUCCGAUGAUGCGUUCUUAAUAUCGGAUAUUGAAAAAUUUAAAUGUACUACUGUACGGCAGAAAAAAAUGUAUAGGUAAAAAUUGUUAAAAAUCAUGUAUAUGAUUUAUAAUUACCCAAGUACACGCCUCAUGGUUGUUUGUUGUACGAAAAUUUUAGACCAGUAAUACAACACUUUUCUCAUUUUGAAAUAUUUAUUAAAUAGUUUCUUAAUCAGCGAAAGAAAUCAGGACCACAGAACUAUCCCAUAAUAAUUCAACUUUUAACUACUAGAACCGAUUCUGAACCAAUUAUUAAACGAAUAUGACGUAACUUCAAUCGACAAUUAAAAUUAAAAGUGUACACUUAAUGCUUCGAAAUCAUUCACGCUAACGAAGUUUAUUAUUAUAUUCAAUUACUAUGACAGAUUAAUGAAUUGUUUGAUAUGAAGUUAGUUUCACUUUUUAUUUUGUUCUAUGUACUGGUCUAACAGUGUUGAACAACGACAACGUGAAUGGACAUUGUUUUUAAUAAAAAAUAAACAGAAAUGUCGCCACGAUUUUCCGGCGAUCCUAGGAUAUAAAUUGCUUUAUACUUUUUAUAAUAAUUACUAUGUGUAAUAUACUCGGAAUUUAGCCGAUUUAAGGUUAAAAUGAGACGUAUAUAAUCAAAAUUGUUUAUCCAUAAUAUAAUUAGAUAAAAAUGAAUACGACAAAUCUUAAUACAUAACUAAUUUAGUGAAACGGCAAGACUUUCGUAUGAUACCGUUGACGGAAGUGGUGUGGUAUAUAGGUUGGGUUGGAGGUGAGGACUCAAAAUAUGCAACAGUUCAUUUCGGUUAUUGAAACCAGAAAAUUCCACGAAGGUCGUAUAAUUCGGAAAGAAAUUACCUGAAAUAUAUAACUCAGAUAGAGUUUGAACCGACAUCUAGAACAAACCUAACCUAAUUUAAUAUAACCGAUACUAACCCAAUCAAAAAAAUUGUUGUUUUAUUUGAGUUUUUAUAUUCAUACCCAGAACCUCAAGGUUACCCUCAAGCACCUUUAUCAAGUUUGGUGAUUUUAUUUUAUUAUAAUUUUUUUAUUGUAAUCACUUGUUUGAUACGUACAUUAUAAUGGUCAAAAAAUCACAUUGGCAUAACUCAGCUCCCAGCUGCUUCCGCAAUUUUAUAUUUCACAUUUGGAGUCCCCACCCCAUCUUACAUACUAAACCCUACUACCCACCGCCACGGCCGUGGUCUAGUCAGUAAAACGUUUUUUUUUUGUAAUUGACUACGCGUUGGACGAGUAAAUAUUUCAAUUCCAGUGGCGGCGAUUUUUUUUUCAUUCAUUUAUAUGGAAUCGAUUCGAAAAAUCGAUUACGGUAAACAAUGUUGAUUCUAAACGUUUCAAAUAUUUUUAAGACAAUUGAUAGUAAAAAUUCAUAGGUGCGAAUUGAAACAAGUUGUUUAGGAUAAUAUAAUAAAAAAUUGAGUUAUGAUUGUAUAUUGCUCAAUUAAAUUUGAUUUUUUUAUAAGUAUUUCACUUGGUAUGUUGUGAUAUAAUAGAUAUAUUUAAAAAAAUAAAACAAAUCGAAAUAAUUAUUCCGAUUUUAGAGUUCGUCCAGCGACAAUUUCUUCGUGUAGGUGUAUACGGAUCGAUUCAAUCGAUAUAAAAUCGAUUCAUAAUUUUUAGUACGUUUUUGGUGAAUUCAAUAUUUUGUUUGGGUUUAGUUUGUGAAGUUUCUAACCUCGAAAUAUUGACAUCAAUAUGGUUUUUUCGUUUUUAAAGUUAUUUUUAUUAAAAAAAAUUAGUCACUAUAUUUAUAAUUUUUCACAUUAAAAAUUGUCGCUGGGAGAAGAUGUAUAUAAUUUUUCAUGAGAAUGAAAAGAAGCGGUAGGUCUAUAUUAGAUAAUUUCUAAAAAAAAAAAAUAAACAAUAAAACCAGAUUAAUUUUUUGAAUCUACGUUAAAUUUUAGGAACUAUCUGGACCGUUUUUGUAAGUUUGUUUAGGUACAGAAUUAUUUCGUUCCUAAAAAUAACAUAGACAACGCGUGGAUUAUAUUAUGUUACGUAUACAAGGUAUCUCGUAAUAAAACGUGUUUUUUUAAUUAGAUUUGGUGAAAAUAUACGCAUGAUCAUAUUUUAUUAUCUGUUGUAUGAAUAAAACUAUAAAAAAUAGUCUAUAAACUGCACUCGUAAUCACUAAAAGUAUUGGAAACACGAAGUUCUUUAUAAAAACAUCGAAACAAGAAUAACAUACACUGCAUCUACCAGAUUUGCUUCACAGUGAUAAACAUAUCAUUUUAUUCAGAUAUUUCAUUUUUUUACAUGCAUUCUUAAUUUUCAACCACUUUAUUCACCAUAUUUAAUUCGUUGUGAUUAUCAUACGUUCAUACGAGAGUUGCUACUUAAGUUUUGUUAUGGACAUAUAAAAACAAAUAUAUACAAUGGAUAUGACUUGAUUGUCCACUAGAGAUCAAUACACUUUUGUAUGCGUUUGAAACAAUUUCCAUUAUGAUUGAAGUAUCGUAGCUCGCUUUGUCGUUAUAAAGAAUAAUUCGUCUUCUGUGAUUGGUUUUCUUGAUUUUUUCGAACAUUUCUGGCAAACAAAUGCUGGUGUACCAUUUAGAAUAGACCGUUCUACGUUACUCUAGUUGAACGGUGGCGAGAUGUCCAGUUAUUUCGAAAAAACAGGCACUUUUGUUGAAUUUGGCUCGACUUAAAAGACCUUGAGGUGUGGGUUCAUAUGCCUAGAUCCAUAGACGUUCUUUGAAGCACCGAGAUUGAAGUUUUUUAGCAUUUCUUGCACCAAUUGCUUCUUUUUGAGCGAUUAUCAAACUAUGCGGUAUCAAAAUCUUUUUGACAACCAAAUGUUAAUGCAAUAUUGAAUGUAUUCGAGUGGAACUUAUAUCCAAGUAUGCCUAAACCUCACGGUAUGUCAGAUGACGAUUUUGCAAUAUCAGUUUACGCACAGCAUCGAUGUUUUUGGGCACAACAGCCUAUUUUGGAGGAUCGUCACGAAAUUCAUCCUGUAGCGAAGUGCGACCAUGAUUGAAUUCGGAAAACCACCGAAAAACGGUGAAUCGAGAUGGUGUUUCAUCACCAAAAGUCGAAACGAGUUGAUCGGUAUACUGCUGUUGGCUUAAUCCACGUCGAAAGUCAUAGAAAAUCAUCGCACGAAAAAGGUUCGUGAUUUAAUUCAAUUUUUUGACCAAGAUGAAUGUUUCAAGUAUCUUCUCAAAUAGCACUUGUACGACAACACGUUCUUAGUUCGUUCAUCAUUAAAAAUGUCAACAUUUAUGAUGACAAUAAGAUAUUUGACAUCUUCUUCUUCAUCGCACUUUAGGACUUAGUCCUGAGUUUGCAACAAUGGUUGUCUAGCUGUAGCUGGAAUGGAAGCUUUCAUACCGUCUUGUAGGUGGUCGGGAUGUAUUCGGUUUUUUUCCUUUGCAAUCUUUGCCAACCUGUCAUCUGAUAUUCUGUCCAUCUGUCAACCCUAUCAAUGUUGCCAUAUCUCACAACUUAAUGAGAAACUCUCGUAUAUGACUAACUAUAUAUUUAUCAAAAGUUAUUUCUAAAAGGAUUCAAAAAUGAAAUUUCUAUACGACAUAUUUAGUUCCCAGUGAUUAUUAUCUACAGUCGAGUAAUUAUGUUUUUUUUUUAAUCAAAAUUAUAGUUAAUUUGAUAUUAAAUAAUUGCGAGAUACCUUAAUAAAAUGAAAGAAGUUUGGUACGAUUCUAAUUCAUCAUCAGGUAAAUGUUACAUCUCUACAACCACUGCCACGAAAAUUAAACUAUAAGUUGGAAGUGCAAUGGAAGUGAGUGUUGAUCAGCUGAGAGGGGGCAGAGGGGGGAAGGCCGUCGUGCCCGGCCGUUCGUUCGAGUGACCCACUUUCUAGAGGGCGAAGACACCGGUUGUACUACAUACUACGCCCCUGUUGUGCUAAAUAGUGGCACCUAGUGCCCCACAAUCGACGACGUCGAGGUCUGCGCGCUCCUAGUUGCAUUCAAACUGCACUGCGAAAUUUAGUUUGUGGUAAAUAUCGGAUCCAACCGUCACCGAGGUCGUUGACUCUUUUCCCUCUCAAUCCCUCUCUUCUGUGAUGAUGGUACACUGUUCUUCUUUCUACGCAAACGCCGUUCCAUAGGGAGGGGCGCGCUUCUAUUACUACAUUUAUAUAUUAUAUGCAGUAAAGUUUUAGAAUCGAACGUUUCGGGUCAAGCUCGGAAUAAAACUUUCUUUUAUAAAUUUCAAAAUAUAAUUUUUUCAAUUAUGCGUGAUAAAAUAUACUUUGUGAAUUUUCAUUUUCAAAUAGUACAAAUAUUAUAAAACAAAUAAUUGAAUCUUAAAUUUACUUUACCAUUGUUUUAACAUUUUAUUAUUCCGAACUUGUCCUUUAGUAAUUUUUAUUUAUGACAUACUUCGAUGGGAUUUUACAGGAUUCUCUGAAAAUUGAAGUAUAAACAUUGAAUUAAUCAAUAGAGGUGAUCAAAAUAAAAAAGUACAUUCUGCAAUCUUGUAAACAUCAUCCGGUACGCCAUUUGCUGAAUUUUUUCUUUGUUAUAAUUUAUAUGAUAAACAGUUGCUUCAAUUUAAAACGAUUGUGCCAAAAAAUUGUAAAAUUUUGUAAAUUGCGUCUAUCUCUUUGUAUUUCUACUUUAAUAAAAUAAUUUAUUGAGUCAAUAAUGUAUAAUAAUUUACGAACGAUAGAAAAUUGUUGGACUGGAAUAUAUAUUUUUUGCUUAUCGACCCUUGCUCUGUGGAAUUUGCCCAUAACAAUCCGGAAAAUUUACGUAUUUAUUCAAAUAAUUACACUUAUAUUACAAAAAAUAAAUUGUUUAACUCAAAAACCCUGUAUUUCAGCAAUUUUUUUAAAUUUCAUAACCUCAACAAUUUGUAAAAUAAGUGUAGUUCUCUCUUCUUUACCGAUUAUUUAAUCGAUAUUAUUUUUUCAUUUCAAAAACAAAUAUCAUUUGUUUAUAUGUAUACCACUAAGAAAACUCGAGUGGUGAGUUAAAUUUUUUGGAAAUAAAAUGAAUUU